UUAUAUAAGGAUUGAUUUACAGGGUUAUAUAAGGGUUUACUUACAGUGGGAAAAGAAGCAAGAAGACAUAUCUUUUGGACAUUAUAGCAGAAACAUGGAGCAGUUGGAGUGUGUGGCGUUCUUCGUAUUGUGCACCACACUAUUUGCUUCCGCUACUGCUUCUCCACACCAAGGGGCGAGUUACCUCAAGAUGGUGGUCAACGCCACCGAGUUGCCACCGGAAGACUACUACGACUACAUCGUCGUGGGUGGCGGCACUGCGGGGUGCCCACUGGCGGCGACGCUCUCGCAGUCGUUUCGGGUGCUUGUGCUGGAAAGAGGAGGCGUUGGGAGCGGGAACCCCGACCUCAUCAACCAAGAAGGGUUCUUGAGCAACCUCUUGAACGCCGAGAAUGAGGACUCGCCGGCCCAGGCUUUCAUUUCCGAAGAGGGAGUGCCCAACGCCCGCGGGCGGGUUCUUGGCGGCAGCAGCGCCAUCAACGCGGGCUUCUACAGCCGAGCCCACCGAGAUUUCUUCGUUAAGUCGGGCUUGCCCUGGGACCUGGCGCUGGUGAACCACUCGUACCGGUGGGUGGAGAAGGAAAUCGUGUUCAGACCCAACCUCAAGACGUGGCAAUCCGCGGUUCGCGAUGGGUUGCUGGAAGCAGGGGUCACUCCCUACAACGGUUUCACUCUGGACCACGCCGAGGGGACCAAGAUUGGGGGCUCCACCUUCGACGGCUCUGGCACCAGACACACCUCUGCGGAUCUUCUCAGGCACGCUCGUUCAUCAAACAUCAAGGUCGCCGUUCACGCCACCGUAGAGAGGCUGCUUCUGGCGGGCUCCAGCGCUAUCGGAGCCCUGUACCGCGACCAGAUGGGGGGGCACCACCACGCAUUCUUGCGGGAACACGGAGAGGUGAUUCUGUCUGCCGGUGCCAUUGGAAGCCCUCAGCUUCUUCUUCUUAGCGGGAUCGGUCCCAGGCCCUAUCUCUCUUCAUGGGGGAUCCCUGUGGCACAUCACCUCCCCUACGUGGGUCACUUCCUCUACGAUAAUCCCAGGAACGGAAUCACCAUUCUCCCUUCCCUUCCACUCGAUCAUUCUCUCAUCCAAGUCGUCGGGAUCACCGACUCCGGCGCUUACAUCGAGGCCGCAUCCAACGUCAUCCCUUUCACCUCCCCUCGCCACACCACCUUCGUCCGCUCCCCCCUCUACCUCACCGUGGCCACCAUCAUUUCCAAGAUUUCCGGCCCUCUCUCCGCCGGCUUUCUGAGACUCGCUUCCACCAACGUCGACGCAAAUCCCCGAGUGAGGUUCAAUUACUUCCACAACCCCGUCGACCUCGAGCGCUGCGUCAACGGGACCAGAAAGAUAGCCCAAAUCCUAGGGAGCAGGGCCUUGAAGGACUUCAAAUUCUCCAACUGGUUGGGAGAGCCAGACUUCAGGUUCAUAGGCCCCGCAUUGCCGCUUCACCAAACGGACUAUCCUCGCAUGGCCGAUUUCUGCCGCCGGACUGUGAGCACCAUCUGGCACUACCACGGUGGUUGCGUGGUUAGCAGGGUGGUUGAUCCCAAUCUGAAGGUCAUCGGAAUGGAUUCCCUUCGUAUUGUUGACGGAUCCGUCUUUAGCGUAUCGCCUGGAACCAAUCCUCAGGCCACCCUCAUGAUGCUCGGACGGUAUAUAUGCCUCGUCUUUCUCUCUCUCUCUCUCACUGUUUCACUGUUUCAUUAUUUCCAUAUCCAAAAUCAUACAUUAAUCAUCAUGAUCUUAUUCUUGCAGGUAUUUUGGGUUGAAGAUUAUCAGAGAAAGGAACGCAUCCAAAUGAUGCUCACAGCCUUUCACUUUCUUCUCCAUCGUCAGACUCUCUAUUCAUUCAUUCUUCCUGUACAUUUUGAAUUACAACGGCUAAGAUAAGAAGCAAUUUUGACCACCAUGUCGUUCGAUUUUAUACUUUUUUUUAAUUACCCAACUCAGCUGUUUGUUUCACGUCCCCACCAUGCAUCGUGCCACCAAUGUAAAGCUAACCAUUAUGUUAAUUCACGUU